UAUAUUGAUGGCAAAUGUUGUUGUUGUUGCCGUUGUUGGCAAAGGUCGAGGACUGUUUCUUUGUUCACAUUAGUUAUUUUUCUCUCUUCAUUUUUUUUCUGGGAUCUAUCUAUCUCGACACAUAGAUUACCAUUUAUGGAUAUUUUGAAAUUUACUCGUUGAUUUUUUUUUCUCAUUUUUAAUCAAUUCGAUAAAUAAAUGCCCAUGAUGCCAUGAUCAUCAUCAUCAUCGAUGUAAUCAAAUUGUAAUUAAAGUGGGCGUGUAAAUUGUUGUGACAUAAAUAUAGUUAACAAGUUUAAAGUCGGUGUCAAAUUUUUUCAGUGUCUCUCCCACUAUUCUUUGAAUCAACUAGAUUGCAUUAUGCAUGAUCUCAAUGAUUAUGAUUUAAAAUCAUCAUCAUCAUCAACAACAACAACAAAAAUAUCAACGACAGCUAUUUCAAAAUCAUCGAUAAUCAUUAAUAAUGAUAAAUUAAUUGACGGAAUGGAUCCAGAUCCACGUGUUCAGGUUGAAUUGGAAAAUUUAAAUACUUCGACUGAAUUUAUCAAUAAAUUGGAACUUGAAUUGGAGAAAGCUCGUCUUGAAUUCAAUGAUCUUCUAGCCGAAUCAGCCGUUAAAAUUGAAUCAUUAUCGAAAAAAUUGGGCACAUCCAUCCAUAAAGCUCGGCCAUAUUAUGAAGCACGUCAGACUGCUAAUGAAUUACAUCAGAAAGCACAAAAAGAAGCAUUACGUUAUGAACAGGCAACAGUUGAACAUAAUAAUGCCAAAGAAAUUGUACAAUUAGCCGAACAAACAUUACGACAGAAUGGUGAUAUUGAAUUGGAACAAUUAUUAACAAAAUCGGCGGAAAAAGUUAAUCAAUCUGAAUUGGAACGACAAGCGGCCGAAAAACAACAUCGUUUCACAUCUAGAGAAUAUUCUCUUACCGAACAGAAUUUAUCGAAAUUACAUAAUCAAUUAAAACGUUCAAUCGUUAAGGCCAGUAUGGAAACUAGACGUAAUUUUCUUGAGCUUAAUAAUUAUGCUAAUCAACAUCGUUUACAAUUAUUACCAUAUUUCGAAAUGAAAGCCCAAUUCAAUCAAAUGCUAGAAGAACAGGUGAAUAAAAUUCGUUCAUAUGAAACACGUGUGAAUAAAGCUAAACAAAAUUAUACAAAAGCAUUACAACGAUUAGAAGAAUUGAAUAAUAAAAUCUAUGAUCAACGAUUACCACCAACGGAUGGCGUACAAAAUUUAGCCGAUAAUCAUAAUGAUGAUGAUGGUGGUGGUGGUAAUCACUACAACGAAAUUGUUGAAGAAACAAAAACGAAUAUUGAAAAAAACAUCAACAAUGAAGAUGAACAAAAAUAUCUAAAGCCAUCGAACAAAUCAAAUCAGGAAUAUCAUGAUGAAACCAUAUUCGAUAAUGAAAUACUUGAUCAAUUAAUACUUGAAGAUGAUCUUGAUGACAAUUUGAAUCGAUUAAAAAUUGAAUGUCUUAAUCUUGAUCAUCAUCAUCAUCAACAACAACAACAACAAGUUGCUCAAAAAUCCAAAGAAACAUCAUCAUCUUCAUUUUCAGAGUAGAAAUUUUUUUUUAUUCAUUAAUGAUUUAUAUUCCUUAUGAUUGUUAUUUGUUCAUUUUUGUUUCUGUAAAUACAGUACAUAGUAAAAAUCAUUAUUGUCAAUGAUAAUAAUAAUAAGAUUGACUGAGAUUAAUAUAUCACACAUUUUUCAUGUUUAAAAAAAAUAGGUAAAUAUAGUAAAAUAAAUUCAAAUUAAGUAGAAAAAAAAAUACAUAAAUUGAUGAU